AUGGUAUCUCUCUCUCUUCAGGCGACAAAACCCUACUCCAUCUCCGUUGAAGCUGCCGCCUCCGCCGCGGUUUCGUCGCCAUCUGUUCUAGAUUCUUCUCACGCUAAUGUUCAGUGUGAAGAGGAACUCCAUGAUACUAGUGCUGUCUCCUCUGAAAAAAUGUCUCUAGAGCCAGAUCCCCGCUGGCCGUAUCUAAAGAAGUGGUUGGUGACUGCCUCUCCUUCUCCUCAACUUCCCCGGUCCGUUCCUCCUCUUCUAAAAUCAAAAACUCUUGAACCGGAAGAGGAUGUACCGCAGCCAUUAAUGAACUCCUCUUGUUCUCCGGAAUCGGGAGAGGAAAUCAUCACUUCCUCUAAAGAGAUGGUCUCCUUGAUACAUAACCAUUCGCAGAUGACGGUUCAAGACCCUAAGAAUGCUCGGGAGGGUAUGAUUGAUCCUCAACAAAUGUUACAACCUGACUCCAGCUUAUCUCCAGCUACAUCCUCGCCUUCUCCAUCUCUAGGAGCCUGGACGAUUCCGCUUAAGAUGGCUUCUUUCAAUUCGAUGGGAACUGACAAAAAAAGGCAAGGGGCCAUCUCAAUCAAGCUUCUCGGACGACUCCCAGUGGCCUUGUUUUAUGAGCCUAGUCCUUUUAUCAAGGCUGCUUCCCAAGAAUAUCCAUGGGCAGCAAAGAUGAAAUCAGUCUGCAAUCUCAAUAGGGUUACUUUCCCUGAAUACUUGGAGGAUGGAACCCCUAAGGUAACUGUUUCAAGUCAUGUACUUCUUCAAGGAAUUCAGAAUCAAAAAGAAUAUGUGGUUGGUCAGUUCUAUUGUUGCUCUGCGCCUGCUGGAGGAGAAUCAUCAUACUUGUUUCAUAUUCCGGAUGAUGGUACUCGCAAGUUUGUUAUCCAAAGGGGGAUAUGGCAUGUUGAUGACUGCUUGAUGUUUGUUUCUGCUUGGUCUCCGGCUGAAACAAUUAUUUUACCAGAAAUCAAGACUAUCCCAGUUUGGUUGUCUCUCAAGAAUAUACCAAAUCAACUCUACUCUUUUGAAGGAAUCAAAUGGAUCGCUUCAGGUAUUGGUGAGCCGAUGCUUACGUACAAACCUUGGCUUGAUCCUACUUUAAUGGGAGAAGCAAAAAUUUUGGUUGAGGUCAAGUUAGAUAGGCCUUUUGCUCAGAGAGUAGCUAUUGAGGAUGAGAGUGGAUCUGUCUCAAUGGUUGAUGUUGUGUACUCUUGGCUGCCUUCGAAGUGUGCAAGAUGUGGUCAACUGGGCCAUAAAGCGUCACGAUGUUUGGGACAGCCGCUUGAUCCAACUAGGAGCACCAAGACAUCAUCUCCAGUAUCAAGAGAUGUUGAAUCAAGUGUUACUUUAGCAAAUGAAGCAAAUAAUAUGGUCAGGGACAAAGAGGACAGAGAUGCUACUGUAACUGUCUCACACCCUCCAACUCCAAGUGUGGAAGCUACUUCUGAUCCAAUCCUGACUCUAGUAGCUACCAUAAACAAGCCUAUUGAUAAGAUCACCAUUAUUGAGAAUGAAUCAAAGAUGGAAGCAAAGCAAGAUACCACAUUCUCACUAAAAGGAAAGGUUGAACAGAGCUCUCCAAAUACUAACUCUGAACACUUGUCUACACACUCAAUCACAGGUAAUACUACAAGCAACUCUCACACACCUUUGGUUUCUUCAAAAGAAACUCCAUUUUCUUCCAAUCAUGUCUCUACCAAUUCUGCUCCAGCGGAUUGUUCAAUCCGCAUUAGCUUAUCAAGCUCUAAAUUACUCACCAAUCGAUUUAGCUCUUUAAUUUCAUCUGACGAGUUGGACCCAAAGGAAUAUUUGUCUCCUCAAGGUAAAGUUUUUCUUCGGGAAAGACCUGUUAAACCCUCUACAAAGGCUAAAGAGAUGCAGUUGCAUUCCGUAGCUCGUGGACGUGGUAACCGCAACCGUGGUAAUCGUGGUCGUAAUAGAGGUGGUCGUGGCUAA